CUAAACAUUGAACCUUCAGAAGAUCCUGAAGAAAGCUUGAGAUUACAGCAGCUACAGGCAGCAGCAACACAAUGGCAGCAACAUCCACAACAAAGAGUGGGUUUCCAGUAUCAAAGAAUAAUGCAAAAGCAUUCACAGUUGCAACAAAUUUUACAACGCUAUCAACAGAUUAUACAACAACCAUCACAUUUGUCAACAGCAACAAUGGAGGUGCAGCUACAGCAUUAUAAGACUCAGAAUAAACAAUUCCAGCCACUUUACAAAGAGUGGGAACGUGAAUUUCAGCAGUGGCAGGAUCAACUUCUGACCUAUCCUCACAAAGACCAGCUUUAUGAGUAUGAGAAACAGUGGAAAAUGUGGCAGGGACAAAUGAAAGCCACUUACGCUCACCUUCAGGAGAAGGUGAAGUCUCUUCAAAACCUGAAUACUCCGUGUCCUGGGAGCACAUUUCCAUUUUCUCCAUAUUCUCAAACAGUGCAAAGCAGCAUGCCUGCAAGUACACUUCCUCCAUCAACUCCUGGAUUUUCUACUGGCCCAGCAGAAUCUGGACCUAAGAGCACUCAAACUACUUCUAAUUCUUUUUCUUUUAAAGUCAAUGAAUCACUUUCCAGUUCUCAGGUGGUAGGAGAGAUCAGGCCAGGUCUUCUUCCUACCCCUUUUUCUUGUUCUUUCACGUCCAAAACAGAAAAUUCUUCUACCACUUCCCAGAGCAUAGAGAUGAGGCCAACUUUGUUUCCUUCUCCUACCUCUUUUAGCUUUAAAGUUACAGAGUCGGCUCCCACUUCUCAAAACACAGAAACCGCUAGACUAGCUCUGCUUCCCACUCCUAACCCAACUGAAACAACUAGGCCAGCUUUGCUUCCUACUCCUGCUGCUGCUUUUUCAUUUAAGGUUAAUGAUUCAAAUGCAGCUACCCAAGUCACUGAAACCACCAGACCAGCCCUUCUUCCUACCCCUUCCCCUGCUUCUUUUUCUUACACCGAUACAUCGGCCACUUUGCCUUAUCAUUCAAAUGUGACAGCAUCUGCCAUCUCUUCAGACCAAGGUGAUCCUUAUGCUCCUCUGGGCAAACAGGGAGUGGCCUUAGGGUCAGCCUCAUCUGACCAUGUCAAAGUGAAUUUAGAAUCUACAAUAGCUUCAUCAUCUAUGUCCACCACUACUGUCACUACCACCACUGAUUAUCAGAACAGAGCAUUGAGGCCAGCUGGGUUUCCAGAUUCCCCCAGGGCACCAUUCUAUGAAGGUCCCAAGGGUCCAAGAUUCGAUGGACCCCAGGGAAGAGGCUUUGAGCCUCCAAAGCAAGGAGGUCCUAAUUUUCAGGGCCAACACUUAGAAGAUCCAGGGGCAAGACUUCAGAAUCAGCACGCAGAUGGAUCUUCAGGAAAACAAAGGUCAAUCCCUCGGGGGCCAGCAGCAGCCUUUUAUACUCCUUUGGCAACAUCACAAAUGCCGUCUUCUCAAGCAAGUGGACCAUUGGUUAGGGGAUCUAAACCUGCAUCGGGACAACAGAACCAUCAAGGGGAAAAUAAAGAACUACUUAUUGAUACUGUUAAUAAAUCUAAAUUUAUGUCUGAUGUAAACGUUUCUGGCCCAGUUCAGCCAGCUAAGGGUCUGCCUAAUGUGCAGCAAAAUACAUCCAGGAAGAAUGCCAUAGAAGCAAUGUCAGAAAUAAAGAAACAAAGUGCCAUGGAUUCCAGAUUACACUCAGAAGCAUCGAAAAGUUAUUGCACUUCCACAAGUUUGCAUCAGAUACCAGUUUCUAAUAUUUCUCAAACAACAGGAGGGAAGAAAACAGUACUGCCAUCACCAAUUAUAGGAAAUAAAGAUAUGAACUCCACACAAAAUAAACUGGUUACUUCAGGCAAUAAUAAGAAUAAGGAAUCAUCUAAACUAGAAAACAGGGAGAAGGGAGAGAAGAAGCCAGGAGAUAACCAGGGAAUAGGGCCAGCUGACAGAGGCAGAGGCCAGUAUAGAAUGGAAGAUACUAGAGGCAGAGGACGGGGCCGAUUAGAAGAUAUGAGAGGAAGGGGAAAAGCAAAUAGAGGGAGAGAUCACUCAGAGGAUGUUGUUGGUAGAGAUAAAAGCAGUGGGCUAGGAACCCAUGACAAAAUUCCAGGAGGUCAGUUAAGCAACUGGGAAUCUGGAAUGGGUAGACAAGGAGGUAACCAGGAAAGAGUACUGGGCAAGCAAUCAAACAUCCAGGAAAGAGGAUUACCAGCUCCUCAGAUGGGCAGCAGGGAAAGAAUCCAAGCAAAUAGCCAGCAAAGAGGACUACCAGCUCCUCGGAUAAGCAGGUGGGGACCAAUCCCAGCAAAUAUCCAGGAAAGAGGAUUACCAGCUCCUCAGAUGGGCAGCAGGGAAACAAUCCCAGCAAAUAGCCAAGAAAGAGGAUUACCAGUUUCUCAGAUGGGCAGCAGGGAAAUAAUCCCACCAAAUAACCAGGAAAAAGGAUUACCAGCUCCUCAGAUCGGCAGCAAGGAAAUAAUCCAAGCAAAUAGCCAGCAAAGAGGACUACCAGCUCCUCGGAUAAGCAGGUGGGGACCAAUCCCAGCAAAUAACCAGGAAAGAGGAUUACCAGCUUCUCAGAUGGGCAGCAGGGAAACAAUCCCAGCAAAUAGCCAAGAAAGAGGAUUACCAGCUUCUCAGAUGGGCAGCAGGGAAAGAAUCCAAGCAAAUAGCCAAGAAAGACGAUUAUCAGGUCCUCGGAUAAGCAGGUGGGAACAAAUCCCAGCAAAUAUCCAGGAAAGAGGAUUACCAGCUCCUCAGAUGGGUACCAGGGAAAGAAUCCAAGCAAAUAACCAGGAAAGAGGAUUACCAGCUCCUCAGAUGGGCAGCAGGGAAAGAAUCCAAGCAAAUAUCCAAGAAAGAGGACUACCAGCUCCUCAGAUGGGCAUCAGGGAAAGAAUCCAAGCAAAUAGCCAGGAAAGAGGAUUGCCAGCUCCGCAGAUGAAUAGCAGGGAAAGAAUCCAAGCAAAUAGCCAGGAAAGUGCUGUAAUCAGGUCUUCCAGCAGUCAGGAGAGAGGACUGGACUGGCAAAUUGGAAGUAGGGAGAGAGCCCCUGGUCGACAACCUACUAAUAGAGAGAGGGAGACAGAUAGACAAGGUAAUGAUCUGGAAAGAGAACCCAUUAGAAGGCCUAGCAAUCGGGAGCAAGAUCUACACAGACGUGAUAUGGGACUUGGAGGAAAUGCUGAAAAUUUACCACCAUUUUAUGAAGAACCACCAAGUCCUCCAUGGAGUUAUGAAGAGCAAAGCAGAAAAGAGGGUAUUUCAUUUGACUACAGACAUAUUCCUCCUUUAGAACACAGACAAUUAGAUGAUUGGGAAAGAGAGAGAUAUUGGCAUGAUCAAGACCAGAGAUAUGAUGAUUCCAUUGUUGUAUAUGAGAUAGAUGAGGGGGUACCACAACAUCAUCCUUUACCCCCUCUUUCACCACUUCCCCCUCUUCCUCCUUUACCUCCUUUGGUGGAUGAAGAACCAUUUUGGGAAAUACCAUUGAGUAGAGACGGAGAGGGAGACAGGGAUCUUGAAAGGAUCAGAAGAGCCUUGGAUGGGUAUGAUUGUGAUUUCGAAAUAGACUGGGACAGGGAUUAUAUCAUAUUAUCGGGGGACAGAGAUACAUUGAAUUGUGAUAUGGACAUACCGCCUCUACCUCCUUUGCCACCUCUGCCUCCACUUCCUCCAAUAGAUAGAUACCAUGAGGACGUUUGGUUAGAAGAGAGAGACAUAGAUUUCUAUGACAGAGAUUCUAGAGACAGAAGUGGGAUUAGAAUUCGUGAAUAUCCAGAAAGAUGUGAUACAUGGAGAGAACAGUCUGAUUUCCCUCCUGAUAGAGGAGAUUGGGAAAGAGAAAGGUUUUCAGAGAGGUGGUAUCCUGAUGAAAUGGAUAGAUUUAAAUCUUUAGACGAUCGUCUGGAUCCACCACCCAUGCCACCACGCUCAUCUGAAUUGUUGGAAGAAGAGUCAAAUUUAGCUUCUGAGCAGUCGUUAGGAGGACUGGUUCUUAGUCAAAGGCAACAUGAAAUAAUCUUGAAGGCUGCCCAAGAACUAAAGAUGAUACGGGAACAAAAAGAACAUAUGCAGAAGUUGAAUGAAUUUGGUCCUGAUGCUCAAAUGUCUGAACGCUCAUCUCAAGAAAUAUCUAGGUUACAAAGAAUACCUGCUAGGAAAGAUAACUUUCAGGCCUCUUCUGAAACCCAAGGUAAAAGGACAGCAGAGAAACCAGCUAUUAAGCCUACUCCAGCUGUAAUUAUAAAGCCCCCUGUCAUGUUUCACAAACCUGCUGCAACCACUAAGCCAUGUCCUGUAAAAUCUUCUCCAGUGACAAAACCCUCUGUUUCAGCUGCAAAGGUUCCUAUCCCAACAGCAAAGCCAUCUGGCCUACCAUUGCAGUCAAAUGUUCCAGUUUCCAUUCCAACUGUAGCAGCAACUCAGGUUUCAGUUCCUGUGGUAAAGACAUCAACUGAGACGAUGGAAGAACGUUGGGAUGAGGACACUUUCCAGGGACUUUGGGACAGCAAUGAGGAUAAAGGGUUGAAAUCAGAAUGUGUCUCAUCUAUAUCGAAUUCUGCAUUGCCUUCAACAACAAUCUCAGCAUCCCCUUUGCCUAAUGUGGCACCCCUUGCCAAGGCACCAAUUAUUCAACAGACUGUUGACUAUGGACAUGGACAUGGACACAGCCAUGGUCAAGAUAUAACCAACAGUAAAAGUGCACAACAAGUUCCUUAUGGAGAACGAAUAACUCUGCAUCCAGAACCUCAUGAAAGGCAACCCUUUUCAAAAGAACACUUAGGCCAGCGGGAUCGAUAUGGCAAGGAGAGAGAGAGUUAUUUUGAACGACAAAAUAAUUCCAAUCCAGAUCACAGGGAUUUCAGGAGGGAACGAGAACCGUACAGAGAACGGAUUUCUGGAGAUCAUGAUCGAGAACGAUUUGACAAAGAGCGAUACUCACGAGAAGACAGGCCAUCUCCUUCAAGAAAUCAGUCUUACCGUGACAAAGAUCAUUCAGUCUCAAGAAGGGGAGGAUUUGAAAGACAGACAUAUGACCGGAAACCUGAUCGUCCUUCUUAUGAUCAUGGGCCUCCCAUGUUUGGAGGUGAUCGGAGAAAUUAUGCUGAGGAUAGAAUUCCUAUUUCUGCUCCACCAAUACCACGACAACCACCACCUGCCCCACGGGUAGAAAGAAAACCAGAAUCAAAAAAUGUGGAUGACAUAUUGAAGCAGCCUGGACGGGAAAGUAGACCAGAACGGAUUGUCAUAAUCAUGCGAGGAUUGCCAGGCAGUGGAAAGACUCAUGUUGCUAAGCUUAUCAGGGAUAAAGAGGUUGAAUGUGGAGGAGCUGCACCCAGAGUCCUCAGCCUGGAUGACUAUUUUAUCACUGAAAUAGAAAAAGAAGAGAGGGAUCCAGAUACAAAGAAAAGAGUAAAAAAGAAGGUUUUGGAAUAUGAAUAUGAAGCUGAUAUGGAAGAGAUUUAUCGUGCCAGCUUGUUUAAAACUUUCAAGAAGACUUUGGAUGAUGGAUUUUUCCCCUUUAUCAUACUUGAUGCCAUCAAUGAUAGAGUACGGCAUUUUGACCAAUUCUGGAGCGCUGCAAAAACAAAGGGAUUUGAGGUUUACUUAGCUGAAAUAACUGCAGACCAUCAGACUUGUUGCAAGAGAAAUGUCCAUGGACGCAAGCUCAAAGAAAUCAAUAAGAUGGCUGAUCAUUGGGAAACAGCACCCCGUCACAUGAUCCGUUUAGACAUUCGCUCCUUAUUACAAGAUGCUGCUAUUGAAGAGGUGGAGAUGGAAGACUUUGAUGCAAAUAUUGAAGACCAAAAAGAUGAAAACAAAAAAGAUGCGGAAGAAGAAGAGAGCGAACUGGGUUACAUUCCGAAAAGCAAAUGGGAGAUGGAUACUUCUGAAGCAAAAUUAGACAAAUUGGAUGGGUUGCGAACUGGUACUAAGAGGAAACGUGACUGGGAAGCAAUUGCCAGCAGAAUGGAAGAUUACCUUCAGCUUCCAGAUGAUUAUGAUAGCCGUGCUUCUGAACCUGGGAAAAAAAGGGUAAGGUGGGCAGAUCUUGAAGAAAAAAAGGAUGCAGACAGAAAGAGGGCCAUUGGUUUUGUUGUGGGACAAACAGACUGGGAGAAAAUCACAGAUGAAAGUGGUCGUUUUGCUGAGAAAGCCCUCAAUCGCACUAAAUACAUCUGAAUUAGUUGGCACAUGGAAGAUGUCUUCCUUUCAGGCUGUUUGCUUUGGUGAGCGAAGUACACAAGGUGGUAUGGUUGGAACAUGUCAUUGCCCAUCUAGAGAGCUUUCUGAUUCUUUCCUUUUGAACUUUUUUAUUUCAUUGUGUUCCUUCCAUUUUAACUGGUGAUAUCCAGGAUCCCCAAGUUAUAUAAUAUCCUCUUGCAUCUAAAUGUGAUAAAAAUUUAUGUUAAAAUCAGUAGUCUUAGUUUUUAUGUGUACAGUAGAAUUGCAAGACAGUCCUGAAGCCAUUUCCUCUGCCGUACUCUGACCCAAUGUCAGCAUUACUUUGUAUUGUUGCUUUGUGCUAUUGUUAUUUUAUACUGUACAAACUUGGUAGUUUAUUGUACUAGGAAACAGAACAAUAAACUUUCACUAUGACUUUAA